GGUCGACCAAGAUGGCGCUCUGAGUGGACGUGUUUCUCUGAGCUCCGCAAACCGAACUGUUUUCCAUAUUGUUAAAGAGUGUACAAAACGGACUUUUUGCUUUUAGUUCAUGUACCGCGUUUGUCCGGCUGUAUUCUGAUUACCUUUGCUGGUAAAAUGAAGCCUCAGGAGAAGAGGAAAAGCGGCGCUAAAAAAGCGCUUGCUAGUACGUGUUCUACUAACAUGACUGAAACGUUAGCUCCCACUGAGCAGUCAGAUACAAACAACAUGCUCAUUGACAACAUGCACGACUACCUCGAGUCAGACACGGAGGUACUGAAGGUCUCGUUAGUGGAUGACAAUUUUCCGCAACUUCCCAUCACCCCGGUUAAAUCACCUGCACCUAAAUGGAGACGUGUGGAAGAUACGACAACUACCGCAAUCCUCUCCCAGCUUUCCUCCCUCUCUCAGCUGAUAAACAGCAGGUCAGAUGCCUUGGAAAAGUUGGUCAGUGACAACUCCUUGGUGAUUGCCGAAGUGAAGAUGGCAGUUACAGAAAACACCAAGCAGAUCGCCGGUAUUAAAGAUUCAUUUGAUGCUGUUUGUGCUGAAGUAAAAAGCGUUAAAGAGAGAGUUGACCGCUGUGAAUCGCUGAUUGAGGCUUGCAAAGUUAAUACUGACAAGACUGAGCAGCGUGUUUCUCAAUUAGAAGCGUACUCCCGACGCUGGAAUCUCAAGCUCUACGGCCUAGAAGAAAACGAUCAGCAGGAUCUGCGACAUGAGAUUAUCAAGAUAUGCCAGGGUCUGCUUCCAGAGGCCAAAACCAAGCUUCCAGAUGCCAUAGACGUCAUUCACCGCCUCGGCCCCAGGAAGCCUGGUAACAUUCAACCGAGAGGUGUCAUCGUGCGCUUCUCUUCCAGAUUCUACCGUGAUGCCGUGUGGCGCUCCGCAAAGAACUCCGGCUUCCUGAAGACCAAAAACCUGAAACUGGCGGAGGACUUGUCAGCAGAGGACAGAGAGAAAAGAAAGAAACUGUGGCCCGUUGUUGAUCAGGCUCGGAAAGAUGGCAAGCCAGCUUUCUUCGUGGGCGGUCGUGCUUUUGUGGGUGGAAAGGAAAUUCUCCCACCUUGAGACUUUGUAGAUGAGGAAUCACACUCAAUUGAACAGGAUGCUAACUUUUGGAAAUCACAGUGGGGGGGUGACCUGUGGCUGUCUCAUGGAUCUGAGCGCUCAGCUGGUGUUUGUAUUUUAAAAAACCGCUUUAGUGGAAAAGUUUUAAACUCUGACUGUGACAAAAGCGGUCAUUACAUAUUUCUAGUUCUAGAAAUUGCUAGCGUAAAUUAUAUUAUAGUUAAUGCUUAUGGCUUCAAUUCUCAAACAGAGAACAAAAGUUUUUUUGAUAAUUUGGAGUAACGACUCUCUUACUGGUUAUCUAAAUUCCCAAAUUCUUUUAUCGUUUUGGGCGGAGAUUUUAAUACCGUGUUAGAUAAUUGCCUGGAUAGGUUGCCUGCAAGGAAUGCGGACUCCUCUAAUAUUUAUGUGAAGACGCUCUUAAAUAGUUUUAAUUUAACCGAUAUUUGGAGAGAUACUCACCCGCUACAGAAAUCAUAUACAUGGAGCAACAAAACAUUAUCAAGGCAGUCUCGCAUUGAUUUCUGGCUUAUAUCCAAGGAUCUGAAAAAUGUAGCUGCGAACAUUUUACCAUCGCCCCUAUCUGAUCAUAAGACUAUUCAAGUUCUCAUUCCUUCUCUCUCUCCCGGUUCUCCUAAAACCUCUUAUUGGAAACUUAAUAGUACACUCCUUAAACACAAGGAAGUGACUUCUAAAAUUGAGAGUUUUAUUCGGCUUUACUGGGACAAAGCUCAAAGUGAGAAUUCUUUUAGCAAUAACUGGGAGUUGUUAAAGUACGAAACUGCUAAAUUUCUCAGGAAAUACAGUAGUGAUUUAGCUAAAAAAAGAAGAACAGAGGAAAACGAUACUAUACUUAAAAUUGCAUCCUUAACUUCUCAGUCUUUAGAUGUACUUACUGAGUCAGAACAGUUGGAGCUUACUAAUCAGCAGCAUAGGUUGGACGAGAUAUAUAAAAGAAAAGCGGAAGGUGCUUUUGUUAGAUCUCGCCGUAGGUGGCUCGAAGAGGGCGAGCAGAAUUCUGCAUAUUUCUUUCGACUAGAAAAGCAGCAAUCAAAAAAUAACACCAUUCAACAAUUAAGUAUUGAUGGAACAAUUACUGAUGAUUCAAAGAAAAUUGCCAAGUAUUGUGCUGGAUUUUACAGUGAUCUUUACACCUCUAGAUAUUGUCCUCAAGAUGCCACAUGUUUUUUUAAUUCUAUUCCUAAUAUCAAUCAGAUUUCUGAAGCUAAUUGUGACUUUUGCGAUGCCUCUAUUUCUCUAAAUGAAAUUACUAAUGCCAUUAAUCAACUAAAAAUCAAUAAAUCACCCGGAACGGACGGCUUUACUGCCGAAUUUUAUAAGCAUUUUUCUCUGAGCCUAGCCCCAUUUUUAAAAGAAGUUUUUGCUGAGAGUGUUUAUAGAGGUUCCUUGCCACCUACAUUAAGUCAGGGUCUAAUUACACUCAUUCCUAAGCCUAAGAAAGAUUCUCUCCUGUUAGAUAAUUGGCGCCCCAUUUCCUUAUUAAAUAGUGACUAUAAGAUUUUUGCUCUUAUACUUGCCAAGAGACUGAAAUCAGUUCUAGACUCUAUUAUUGAUGAGAGUCAAUCUGGGUUCAUGCGUAAUAGACACAUCUCAAAUAAUGUGAGAUUGAUUUUAGAUUUAUUAGACUACUCUGAGCUAGUUCAUGAAGACAGUUUUAUUCUUUUCUUAGACUUUUAUAAAGCAUUUGAUUCCUUAGAGCACGAUUUUGUAAUGGAAACCUUAAAAAAGUUCGGUUUUGGUCAGUUCUUCUGCAGAUCGGUCCAAACUUUGUACGCUAAUGGAAACAGUUCUAUUAAAUUAAGCAAUGGUACAUCCCCUAGAUUUGAUUUAAAGCGUGGAGUACGGCAGGGGUGUCCUCUUUCUGUUUAUCUGUUCCUUCUCGCUGCCCAACUUCUUAAUCUACACAUUAAAAACAGUCCUAUUAAAGGCAUUAGUGUGGCAAAUAAUCAUAUUUUAAUCAGUCAGUUGGCGGAUGAUACAGCCUUGUUUCUGGCAGAUGCUUCACAGGUUUCAGUUGCGAUUAAUCUUAUUCGCUCUUUUUCUAAAGCUUCCGGUCUCACCCUCAAUCUUAGCAAAUGUGAACUGUUACCAGUGAAUAACUGCUCUGCUUCCGUAGUGUAUAAUAUCCCUGUAAGAGACUCAGUCACAUAUCUUGGUGUACAUAUCACAAAAGAUAGAAAAGCCAGAGGUAAGUUAAACUUUUUUCCCCUCAUUGAAAAAACUCAAAAGGUUUUCAACCGAUGGUUACAAAGAGAUCUUUCUCUGAAAGGCAGAGUUCUAAUCACCAAGGCGGAAGGUAUUUCUCGUUUAACCUAUGCUGCUCAGUCAUUACAUGUAGAUAACUCCUUUUGUAAAUCUGUCGAUAAGAUGCUAUUUAAUUUUCUAUGGAAAAAUAAAACUCACUAUGUUCGUAAGUCUGUAGUUCUGAAUUCUUACAACAAAGGGGGCUUAAAUUUCAUAGACUUUAGCUCUCUCAACAACACAUUCAAGAUAAAUUGGAUCAAGCAAUAUCUCAAACACCCUACUUCCAUCUGGAAUUUUAUUUCUCAUUAUGUCUUUUCACAGUUAGGCGGCCUAAAAUUUAUUCUGCUCUGUAACUAUAAAAUACAAAAAAUCCCAGUUAAACUCUCCAAUUUCCACCAACAGGCUCUUUUAGCAUGGGCUUUGCUUUACAAGCAUAACUUCUCUCCACAGAGGUGUUAUAUAUGGAACAAUCUCAAUAUUGUUUAUAAGAACAAGUCGCUUUUUUACGAUAAUUGGUUCAACAAUGGUAUUUUAUUAGUCAGUCAACUCUUUAAUAAGAAUGGACUACUAUAUAGUUAUUCAGAAUUUCUUGCCAAAUAUAAGAUUCCAGUAAGCCCAAGAGAAUUUUCUAUAGUUUUUGAUGCUGUGCCCUCAGGUCUUCGUAUGUUAUUCAGGUCAAUUGAUAUCUCUCCACCAUUAUCAAUGUCACCCCCAGAUCCAACUCAGCUUCCGUUAGGUAAAGUCUGUUUCUCUACCUAUAAAGCAUCGAACUCCAAAAUUAGAUCCUUGUUUCAGGCGGACCUAGUCUCUAUUUCUCCUGCAUCCUUCUAUUGGAAUAAGUUUGACCUCAACAUAGACUGGGAAAAAGUCUGGUCCCUACCCCAGAAGUUCCUUUUAACUAACAAAAUUAAAGAAGUCUCGUUCAAGUUACUACACAGGUUUUACCCCACAAAUGUAUGCUUAAAUAAGUUUAAGAAUGACAUUGAUGUAAAAUGCUCCUUUUGUGGCUUACAUCCUGAAACUAUUUCACAUUUAUUUUGGUCUUGUGAAUGCACUUAUAAGCUCUGGAAAGACAUUAAUUCAUUUGUAGUUGACAAUAUUCUUCCUGAGUUCUCCCUGUACUACAAAAAUGUAAUUUUUGGUUGUUUUAGUGACUGUGGGAAGGACAUUGGUGCUCUCUUUCUAGUAAACCUAAUCUUAUUUGUUGCCAAAUUCCAUAUCCAUAAAUGUAAAUUCAGUAAUAAAAAACCACUUUUUUCGGUGCUAAAAACUGAAAUGGAACAUUAUAUUUCUACCAUCUCUUCCAUGCAAAACAAAAAAGCUGUUAAAACUGUAGUUAAUUGUACUAUGUUUAAUGUGUUUAUUUGA